UUCGCCCCCUCCCUCCCCUUGCCCCUUCCUCUUCCCGAGCGAGGAGCGAAUUCCAUCAGACACACCCCCGUUCCCCCCCUGUCCCCUCCAAACCCUCGCCGCCGAUGGCCGGCGGCUCCUCCUCCCCCUCGCCGGCCUCCGCGCUCAUCCAGGUCCGCUGCGCGGGCUGCCGCGGCGUCCUCGCCGUCGCCCCCGGCAUGACGGAGUUCAUCUGCCCCAAGUGCCAGAUGGCGCAGCGGCUGCCCCCGCAGCUCAUGCCCAAUCCCUCCUCCUCCACGCCUUCCCCGCCCAAAUCCUCCGCCGCCCCCGCCCCCGCCCUCCCCGCUCCGCCGCAGCCCCGGAAGCGGGCGUCGCAGGCGGCACAGACGUCGCAGGCGCAUGGGGUGGACCCCACGAAGAUCCAGCUCCCCUGCGUGCGCUGCCAGGCCGUCCUCAACGUGCCCCACGGCCUAACCAACUUCCGCUGCCCGCAGUGCGGGGUCGACCUCGCCGUGGACCUCUCCAAGCUCCAGAACUUCCUCACCGCCGCCAGCAACGGCGCGCCCCCAGCGUCAGUCCCCGUGCCCCCGACGUUCCUCCCGGUGUUGCCGCCAGGCAUGCCGCAGCCGCCACAGCUGGUUGCUGUCACGACAACAGUCCCUAUUGGGCUGCCCACCACAGAGCCGCCCGAGGAGAUCAAUGAGGUUGCAAUUGAUGUUGAGCGCGAUGAAGAUGAAGGUGGUACCGUCGGCGAAACUUUCACUGACUAUAGGCCUCCCAAACUAUCUCUUGGUCUGCCUCAUCCGGAUCCGGUAGUAGAGACUUCUUCGCUGUCAGCUGUACAACCUCCUGAACCGACUUAUGAGUUGAACAUCAUGGAUGAGUUGGAUCAAACUAAGACAUUAUCUUGCUUACAAAUCGAGACAAUAGUUUAUGCUUGUCAGCGGCACCUUCAUCAUCUCCCUACUGGUGAUAGAGCAGGUUUUUUUGUUGGUGAUGGUGCUGGUGUUGGUAAGGGCCGGACAAUUGCUGGAUUAAUCUGGGAAAAUUGGCAACAGGGAAGGCAUAAGGCAGUGUGGGUAUCGGUUGGUUCUGACUUGAAGUAUGAUGCUCGAAGAGAUUUAGAUGAUGUUGGUGCAAAAUGCGUGCAAGUGCAUCCUUUAAAUAAGCUACCAUAUUCUAAGCUAGACUCGAAGGCCAUUGGGAUAAAGAAUGGCGUAAUUUUUGUAACUUACAGCAGCUUGAUAGCAUCAUCCGAGAGAGGCCGUUCUCGUUUGCAGCAACUAGUCCAAUGGUGUGGACAUGAGUUUGAUGGUCUCAUAGUGUUCGAUGAGUGCCACAAGGCCAAAAAUCUGAUUCCUGAUGCAGGGAGCCAGCCCACCCGCACUGGUAAAGCAGUUCUUGAGAUCCAGGAAAAGUUACCUGAGGCCCGUGUUGUUUACUGCUCAGCAACUGGUGCAUCAGAACCACGGAAUUUGGGCUAUAUGGUUCGACUCGGACUCUGGGGGGACGGAACAUCAUUUCAGGAUUUUCCGCAAUUUUUAGGUGCUCUUGAGAAAGGUGGUGUGGGUGCCCUUGAACUUGUUGCCAUGGACAUGAAAGCUAGGGGUAUGUAUGUCUGUCGUACACUAAGUUAUAAGGGGGCAGAUUUUGAUACUGUGGAGGCUCCUCUUGAGGAAAGAAUGACGAAUAUGUAUGGAAAGGCAGCCGAAUUCUGGGCGGACUUGCGCCUUGAGCUCCUAUCAGCAGGUGAAAUCUCUGGAGAAGAGAAAGGUGUUUCAAAUCAAAUAUGGCGGCUAUAUUGGUCCAGUCAUCAGCGUUUCUUCAGGCAUAUGUGCAUGUCUGCGAAGGUCCCUGCUGUUGUGAAGUUGGCUAAGGAGGCUUUGGCUGAGAACAAAUGUGUGGUGAUUGGUCUUCAGAGUACUGGAGAGGCUCGAACAGAGGAAGCUGUCACAAAAUAUGGUGUUGAAAUGGAAGACUUUGUUUCUGGUCCCCGGGAGCUUCUUCUGAAGCUGGUGGAAGAAAAUUACCCUUUACCUCCAAAACCUGAUACUUUUCAGCAAGGUGAAGAAAAAGUCACGGAGAUCCAGCGUAAGCGGCAUUCUCCACAAGAUGUAUCUUUUAAAGGGCGAGUUAGGAAAGUAGCAAAAAUGGAAGAUGUGAGCGAUGAUGAUAGUGGUGACUAUUCUCCAUCUGAGUCAUCAGACCAUGAAUCAUCAGAAUCGGAUGAGGAGUUCCACAUGUGUCAAAUCUGCAACUCAGAGGAGGAGAAGAGUCUAUUGCUCAAUUGCUCUGGUUGUUCUCUACGUGUUCAUCCUAGCUGUCUGACACCACCUUGGACUGGUAUGUUGACUGAUGAUUGGUCAUGCUACUCAUGUAAGAAGAUAGAAGGCCAGGAAAUGGAGCAUGAUGCUAAUGUAGCUGAUUUUUCAAAGAGGUAUGACUCCGCAGUAGAGAGAAAGUUGAAGAUUUUGGAUGUCAUACGUUCCUUGGAUCUCCCUAAUAAUCCUCUGGAUGAUAUCAUUGAUCAGCUAGGGGGGCCUGACAAGGUCGCAGAAAUAACUGGACGACGUGGUAUGCUAAUAAGAGCUUCAGAUGGAAAAGGCGUUAUUUAUCAGGCGCGGAACGCGAAAGAAGUCUCAAUGGAGAUGAUCAAUAUGCAUGAAAAGCAGCAGUUCAUGGAUGACAAAAAACUAAUUGCAAUUAUAUCUGAAGCGGGAUCAGCUGGUGUUUCCCUACAUGCUGACAGAAGGGCAAAAAACCAGAGAAGGAGAGUACAUGUAACACUAGAACUCCCCUGGAGUGCAGACCGUGCAAUACAGCAGUUUGGGAGAACACAUCGCUCUAAUCAAACAUCUGCACCACAAUAUAGGCUUCUUUUUACAAAUCUUGGUGGUGAAAAGCGAUUUGCAUCAAUUGUGGCAAAAAGACUCGAGUCUCUUGGAGCUUUAACACAAGGCGAUCGCAGGGCUGGGCCUUCUCUAAGUGCUUUCAACUACGAUAGCACUUAUGGGAAAAAGGCGCUAACCAUGGUGUAUAGGGGAAUAAUGGAGCAGGAUUCUUUUCCAGUUGUUCCUCCGAGGUGUUCUGACAACCAGGCCAGCAUCGAAGAAUUCAUUACUGAGGCAAAGGUUGCUCUAGUAUCAGUUGGAAUUAUAAGGGAUGCCACAGUAUGCAAUGGUAAAGUUGCAGGGAAGCUUUCUGGUCGUAUUGUUGAUGCAGAUAUGCAUGACGUUGCUCGCUUCCUUAACCGCCUUCUGGGAUUGGCUCCUGACAUCCAGAAUAGGUUGUUUGAUCUCUUUAUAAGCAUACUUGAUGUUGUCCUUCACAAUGCACGAAGAGAAGGGCAGCUGGAUUCUGGAAUUGUUGAUAUUAAGGGUAAGAAUAUUGAAUUGAAAGAGCCACCAAAGACCGUUCAUGUUGAUAGCUUGUCUGGUGCUACAACAAUACUGUUUACUUUCACCAUUGAUAGGGGAGUUACCUGGGAGUCGGCAAAGGCAAUGCUUGAUGGAAGAGAGAAUGAUGGUGCUGGUUCUUCCAAUGAUGGGUUUUAUGAGUCCAAAAGGGAAUGGAUGGGGAGAAGACACUUCACUCUAGCUCUUGAAGGCUCAACUGAAGGAAUAUACAAGAUAAUUCGACCUGCUAUUGGUGAAGCAUUAAGGGAGAUGCCUUUAAGUGAACUGAAGGGCAAGUACAGGAAGGUGUCAUCAAUAGACAAAGUUAGCAAAGGUUGGCAGGAUGAAUAUGAUGUUUCAUCGAAACAGUGUAUGCAUGGAUCCAAAUGCAAAGUUGGGAGCUACUGUACAGUAGGAAGAAGGCUGCAGGAGUUUAACAUUUUGGGUGGUCUGAUACUUCCAGUGUGGGGCACAAUUGAGAAGGCCCUAGCUAAACAGGUUUAUCAAAAUCACAAAAGAAUACGUGUUGUCCGUCUAGUGACAACGAAUGACAAUCAGCGGAUUGUUGGACUAUUCAUUCCGAAUGCAGCAGUGGAGUCAGUACUAACAGGCUUGCAAUGGGUCCAAGAUAUUAAUGAUUGACAUGGAAAUAUUUUUAUUUCUGACAUUCAUAUUGGUGGUGUUGAUCACAUGGCUGAUGUUAAGAAGCAGCAGGUUUCAGAGGCUUGGUGCAUUUAAUUUUGUUCCUAGGGAGCUGCCUAGCCAAUCUGUUUAAUUUAUGGGAGUUCUUAGCUUAGUAAUUAGGCGAGUAAAUACUAGCAACAUCUGUGUGUAACAUAUGCAGUGUACCAUCAGUGUGGUCUCUUGUUUGCACUUGGUUUAUAUCUUGUAUAUUGCUAUGUAAAGCAACCAAAAGCUCAGGUAAUCUCACAAGAGGAAAGAAAAAAGCACCUCACCAAUAUGGUGUCAUAGUGUUCAUGUCCCAGGGUAUGGUGGAUAUGCAUCAACCCAGAAGCUCAUGAAAACUUUUAGAUGUUCCAUUCUGUUUC